UUUCUAUUUCCUCCUUCUGUCACUUCAUCCAUCCUUUUGUCAGGACAGCCUGUCAUCUCAUCCCUCAUGGUUGGGCUGAAGUCUCUACCUUCUGUGCUGUCCUGUACUGAGCCAGGAGACCCGAAAACACAAACCUGCACAGAAACGCUCAUUUCUUAUUAUUCCCCUUUCGGAGGAGUCCUCAUCAUCUUGACAUUUCCUUCUGGAUUCUUUGACCUGGAGAUCCAGGCACACACACCUGAUCUGCCAAUGCAGAGACAUUAUCCCUCUCCAAGGAGGCUUUUGUGCGAGUUUUGGGGUGAGGGGCCCUGAAUCCUCUUGCUCAGCUCUAUGGCUGGAAGAAAACACACGUUCGUCCUCCUCUCCCUGUCUCUUCUAUUCCUCCUCUGUCUCUUCACUCGUCCUUGUGUUUGUGGUCCUGCCCGGGCCCCUCUUCUUGCUGGCCAGCCUUUCCUGGUGUUAUGGGGGGUUCCAGAUAAAGACUGUUUGGGUCAGCCUGACCCAGCUGCAUUUGGGAUGGAGUGGGAAGGCCGUGUGGCGAUAUUUUAUGAGGACACACUAGGACUUUACCCAUAUUACACUGCACAGGAUCGUCCUGUCAAUGGUGGCCUACCACAACACACCAGCCUUGACCUUCACCUCCAGAGGGUGGAGGGCGACCUGACGGCCUCGUUACCCCAAGCAGGAGCACCUGGUUUAGGGGUGCUGCGCUGGCAGGAGUGGACGCCUCAAUGGAACAGGAACAGAGGAAUUAAAACAAAGUAUCUUGUGGAGUCGAGGGCACUUCUCCAGCAGUUUUUUCCAGACUGGAGCACAGAGGAAGUGGAGAAAUGGUCACAGGUUGACUAUGAAGCAGCAGCACAGUCCAUUAUGAUGGAAACCCUGUGGGAGGUGAAGAGACUCCGCCCACAAAGAUUAUGGGGCAUGGCCCCAUUUCCUAACUGCUAUAACUUUGACUCCACCCAGAUAGCAUUAGCCAAUUACACGGGACGGUGCCCUGCGGCAGAGAUGGCCCUUAAUGAUGAGCUGAUGUGGCUGUGGAAGCGAAGCGGUGCCCUCUAUCCAGCCCUCUCACUGCAGAAGCUUCCAGAGGGCACUAAAGGGACGUGGCUUUAUGCAACCAAUCAGAUCAGAGAGGCUUUAAGAGUGGCGGCUCUUUCUGGGACUACCUUUGAUCUUCCUGUGUUUCCACUGAUCAAGAUUGUGUACAUCUCUUCUAACUCCUUUCUCUCAGAGAUUGAUCUGGUGAACACAAUUGGAGAGAGUGCUGCUAUGGGAGCAUCUGGAGUCAUAAUAUGGGAAAAAUCCUUAGAAGUUAAAACACAGAAAUCCUGCUCAGAGUUUGGCUCAUACGUUCGUCAGGUUCUUGGCCCAUAUGCUGUCAAUGUGACGACUGCAGCACGUCUCUGUGGAGUCUCAUUGUGUCAGGGCCGUGGACGCUGUGUGCGUAAGAAACCUGAGGACCCCACAUACCUGCAUCUUCCAUCAGCCCACUUUAUGCUUCUCCCACAAGGGGCAGAAGGUGUCCGGGCCACGGGAGAGCUUCCCACUGCUUACAUAGACCUCUGGAAGAAGGACUUCCGCUGCCAGUGGUUCGAAGCCUUGGAGGGUGCAGCAGCAGAUCAAGAAUCAGGCGUGGUGCUGGAAAACCGAGGGAAAAUAACAUCGCCAACAGUGAAAACAGUGGCUGGGAUGAGCCAGAGUCAGAGUACAGCAGUUCCAGUGAUUCCAGUCACAGUAGUGCCUACCAAACAGCCAGUGGACAGUGGCAGUUCUGCAUUUAUUACUCCCAUCAUCCUUCUCUCCUCACUGGUUCUUCACUUUGUUUGACGAGGAGACAGCUGGAGUCUCUAGGAACUUUUGUGAACCUCUGUUGGCCUUGACUUUGAUUGCAAAAAUAUUUUUAAUAUAAAUACCCAAAAGAAUAACUCUGUUAAGAGGAUAGCUUUUGUGAAAGACAAUCUCAAAGACAGAUUUAGAUUCACAAUCUGAACAUGACUGAAUAAACAGAUCUGUUCUGAAUCACA